AUGCGUCUGUCCCUCAUACUGUCUGUUAUUGUUGUCACUGGCUGCCUUGUGGCCUGCAACGCGGCUGCAGACUCCGCCCAAACCAAGAUCUCGGUGAUGCGGUCGGAAGGCCCCAUCCGCUCACUCAAUGCAGGAGAGGACGACGGUGAUGCUUCCUACGGAAGGUUUCUUCGGGCACACAAAGAGAACGACGUGUCCAGCUCAGAAGAACGAGUGAUUGUGUUGACUGAGAUGCUGAACAAGGCGAACGUCAAGCAAGCGGCCAAGGCGAUUCUGAAAGACCCCUCGAUCGAGGCCGCGGUGUGUAAGGAGUGGAAUGCGAAGGGGUUUAAGACGAACAAGAUUUCACUGUGGCUGUCAACCAGAAAAAAGGAUAAAUACCUUCAGAUCUACAAUGGCUACGGACAUUACCUGUACCAGCUCAUGAAGAAGGCACAAGAAAAGCUCUCGUAA